AUGAUAAAUCUUUUCAUUCUAAGUCUUAUUAAUGUGAUUAACUGUUAGAAUAGAUUUUAUUAUCAUGAUCCAAGUAAUGAUAUUACAAAGCCGAGAACUCAUGCAAAGAUAUCUGAUAGUGGUAAUUGAAUUAAUAAUCAAUUCUAGAUACUCAUUUUGAUUUUUACUUUGAGUUUACAUAAGAUAAAAAGGAAGUCAUAAUGUUUAUAGAAAUUGAUAAAAUUAGCUAUUUUUCUUUAGGACUUGGAAAAUCUAUGUCAGAUGCAGAUUUGUGGGUAUUUGAAAUUUACGAUAAUGUAAUUACUGUUAAUGAUUCUUAUUGUGUAAAACAUGGAAAACCUCCUACAGAUAUUUCAUCAGGUGGAACUGAUGAUUUAUAACUUAUUGGUUAUUAUUACAAUUAGAAUGGUAAAACAGGUGUGAAAUUUAAGAGAUUAGUAUCAACAGGUAUUAAUAUAUAUCUUACUUUAAUAGGUGAUAAAUAUGAUAAGGAUUUAGUGGAAGGAGAAGCAGUGGAAUUUAUAUGGGCUCAUGGUAAAACAGAGGCUAAUAUUACAGUAUCAAAUCAUGGGAAUGUAAAUAGAGGAUCAGUAUUAUUAAAUUUUACUGAUAAUGGAGGAAGUAAUGAUGUCAUUAUAGUCGAUGAAGACAAUACAUAUUAUAUACAUAAAUGGACAAAUUUUGUUUGUUGGGGUAUAGCAAGUGAUUUUGCUAUAAUAAUUGGAAGAUAUUACAAGACUUGGGGAUAUAGAACAUAUCUACAUGGAUUCUUGUUUAUAUUAAUAGUAACAAGUUCAAUCACAACAGCUAUGAUGAUGUUAAGUACAGAUUGGAGUGUUUUAGAAUGGAGUAAUUUUAAAGAACAAUCAAUUAAAAAUUUAUUCCAUAUAAUCAUUUUUAUGAUAGUAACCAUCUUUAUGAUUGCAUAAAGUAUAGGUGGAAUUCUCUAUAAUUAUAUGUUAACUACAUUAAAGAUUAAUCAAAAGGUAUCAUUAAAACCUUCAAUUCAUGCUAUUCUAGGCAGUGUUGUAUAUACAUUAGGCAAAUUAUAAAUCAUAGCAGGACUCUUUAUGGAUAAUGAUAUUAGACUAAUGUUAAUCUUAGGUGCUGUAUUCACUACUCGUCUUAUAUUAGAAAUUCUAUAUCGUAAAGGUAGUUUAGUUAAUUUAGUUAUGACUGGAAGAAGAGAGUAACAUUUUAACAAAGUAUAUGAAGAUGGUUAAAAUCCUUUAUUGGAUAUUAAUAAUAGUGAAAAAGAUGAUAGUUUUGUAAAGAAAUCAUCAAAAUUAUGGUGUAUAUAUAAAAAUUAAGUUGUUGAUUUAUCAUAAAUGAUUCAUCCAGGUGGUAAUUACAUUUGGAAACUCAUUUAAGGUCAAGAUGUUACUCGAUAUAUUUUAGGAGCUUACACUCUAGAUUCACUCAAUAUUUAACCUUAUAAACAUAGUAUAUAUACACUUAAAAUAUUGGAAUAAUAUAUUACUGGAAUAUAAAUUAAUUAAAAUUUAGAAUUCUUUAUUAAUAAAGAUAAUCGUAGAGUAAUUAAAUAAUUAAAUGAAACAUGGAAAUUAAAUACAAUUAGUCCAUAUACUGAUUAAAUUGCUUACUUUGGAUUUGUAAAUGAAAAAUAUCAAUUCAAAAAUACUCUUUCUGGUCUAUAAACAUUUGGAUUAUACUUUCUUAUAAAAUCUAUUGAAAAUACUUCUAUUUCUACUAGAUAAUAUACUAUGGUUUUAAGUAUGACUUAACAAAGGAUUAAAUAUAGAAAAGAUUUAUCUGAAAUCUUUAAAAAAAUACUCUCUUUGUAAACAUUACAAAAGGAAAUUCCAAAAGAAGAAGAAUACUUAUUUGAAUUACCUUUAAUAAUUAAGAGAUAUCAAUCUAAAAAUGGAUUCUCAUCUUUUAUUCAUAAUGACAAUCGUAAUGGAUCAUAUUCAAUUGAAGGUCCUUAUGGUAAUAAUAUUUUUAUUGAAAAUGGAAAUCAUAUAGUGUGUAUUGCAGGUGGUACUGGAUUAUUCCCUUUCUUAGAUAUUCUUGAAUAUCAACUCAAAUUGACCUAUCAUAAUAUAUUAAUAAAAUAAUUUGGUUAAGAUGCUGUCUAAAUAAUAAAUCCAAGAUUAAUUAAGAAUUUCAAGAUUACUUUAUUUUUAGCUAUUAAUUCAGCAGAUGAUUUGGUAUUUAUUAUAUAUAUUAUUAUUAGAUUGGUAAAGAUAUAUAUUUUACAUUAUUAUCAUUAUAAUCUUAAUUGGAUACACCAAAUUUCAAAAUGAUUGUGAAAGGAAAUUUUAAAUUAAAAGAAUGUGAAAUUAUCACUUAAAGAUUCAAUACGUAAGUUUUUAAAACAUUCAUUAAUGAUUUGAAUGCUGUUUCCAAUUUCUUUAUUUGUGGACCACCUAUUAUGAAUUUCACAACAGAAAAAAUAUUAAGAGAUGAAGGAAUUAAUAAUAUAAUUGUUCUUUGA